AACAAGAUUCGCAGAUUCGAACUCGAAUUUCCAGUACACCCAAUUUAAUCAAAAUGUCGGAUUCACAGAAAUACCCCAACAGCAACCCAGCAGUAGACGAUGAUGAACCAGAUGAAUGGGACAAGAGAAUCUUCAGCACAGGAUGCGCUGUGGAAAAUGCAAAGAUGACCGACUGCUAUUUCGACAAUAAGAAGGAUUGGCGUGCAUGCAAGAAGGAGAUGGAGGCAUUUCGGGAAUGCUGGAAAAGGCAAGGCAACGUGCAGCGCACUGAUUCAAAAGAUGCUUAAACUUGUCUAUUCUGCAUUGAGAGGCACAUGUAUAGUCAUGUAAAUUAAUUUGAUAUUACAAGUAAAUAUGAUAUGGAAUCCUCGC